CCUUCGUCACGAACUGUGAUGAUCUCGCCAGGGUAAAUAUGAUACAGACAUCGUUAUCACGUGACCUUCACCCAGCUCGUGAAACGCCCCCUAAUCAGGAAAAUGUGCCUUUCUUAGGAUAUGCCUGCAAUGGGACGAAUGGUGGACUGUCGAUUUAACUAAUUUUAUCAGUGUAAAAAAGUCAUAAGCUAGGUGGGAUUAAACAUGGAUCCUAAUUUUUCGAGAAGGAAUGUGUUCCUGUACCAUGAUAACCCGGGAGAAGGACCGCUCCUGGUGGCAGCCGUCAAGUUCAUCGAGAAGAGCUGCAACAUCAACUUGAGUCACAUUAAAGUCCGUGAGGUCCAGUACGCCAAGCCACUGUUGGUGAUUCUCUGCCCCGUGGUCAAUAAGACUGACCUUGAUGUCAACGCUCUUCUCGACAGCUCUAGAGACGGCAGAGAUGUGCUUCUAGUGAUGAUAAAACGAGCCGUUGAGCAUUCUAAAAACAAAGACAGUUUGAAUCAUCUGAAAGACCCCAUCUCAACCUCCACAAGAAACAGAGUCGGGGCCGCAUGCACAAUAUUUUUUUCUGGCAAAGAGAAAUUCAAAGGUUAUAAGAAUGAAAACGGACUGGCUGUGAACGAAAUAAAGCGGGUAGUAAACCACUCUCUAGAUCGUAAACCCUGGGCAACCCAUUUCCCAGUUGGGCAGAGUGGAGAUCAAGUUGAUGGAACGUCCUCUACUGCAGCGCCACAAAACGAUCCUCGUCCCAUUCAGUUUGUUCAAUCAACUCAGCAGGAACAUGCUCAGCCAAUCCAAGUCUUUCAGCCAUCCCAACAACCUCAGCAUGUACGGCCUGUACCUCAUGUUCAAUCAAUCCAACAGACUCAACCAAUUCCAGAGAUUGUCCUCACUCCACCAAGUCAGCCUGCCCCAGCAGUCGACCCUUUUCAAGCAGCCCCCGCCCAGCAAACUGUAGUUCAACCAGGUCAACCAACCCAGGCGGUUGAUCCGUUUCAGACUGCAGGAAUUCCACCCACCCAGGCGGUUGAUCCGUUCAUGACCGCAGGAACACAACCCAACCAGGUGGUUGAUCCGUUUCAUACAGGAACGCAACCCACACAGGCGGUCGACCCGUUUCAGACAGCAGGAACGCAACCAGUGCUUGGAGCAGUGGACAAGUUUGAUGACUUUUUCGACCUUAGAGGGAAUUCAUCAAACAAAGGUUCAGGAGACCCAUUUGCAGAUGCUUUCAGUACACCACCUCCAGAGACGCCUGCCAACUUAAACUUUCCUCCACCGACACCUGCCCUAAAGGACGUCCGUAGCCCAGUGUUCUAUUUCUUUGACGACACCAGCCCCUUAGAACAGGACACCGUACAUUUCAUAGAAGAACAUGGCAAAUUCCAGCUGAAGGCUUGUCGCCGCCAAACAGCCGCCGUGGUGUCCCCUUUGGUCGUGUUUAGCCCAUGUUACACAAUGCCCGAUGCCGAUGCCAAGUCUGUCCUCGGACAUAGCAGAGAUGGCGAAGACGUAUUCUUGGUCAUCGUGGAACCUGUGUAUAGUCACAAACCCAAAAAGCAGGCAUCUAUAUCAGAGUCAGUACAGACAAAGAUUGGUGCGUAUGGGGUGCUCUCAUAUUCUCUGGAUACUAAAACCUAUGACAAUACUAAGCCAAACAUUGAGAUGGUUACCAAACUACGUGACUUCAUUCAACAAAUACAAUCUCUAGCUGAAGACGAUGACGAUGAUGAUGAUGAAGAAGAAGAAGAACCUCCUUCCAAUAUCCUUAUACUAGAGGGAUUUCAUGACCUCGGAUUUGAUGAAUCAGACGCCUGACCAAAACAGACACUCUUCCUACUAGACGUAUUCCUAAUGUUGCACAUUGUCGUAAAACAAUCUCCGCUGGUAGCGCGCGUAACAUUUCCAGCAUUAGUCCAGACAGUUAUGUGGAACUUAAUCGGCAGUCUUACGCGUUGCAAAUAAUGGGAUGCCAAAACGUUGAUUAAACAAUGCAUCCUUUAUCGAAUCGAACAAAACCUAUAGUACUACGUUAAUGGCGAGUCAGUUAUCCUUGUUCUACCGAUAUGUAUUCGAGGUCUGUUAUAUAUAGAACAAGAACCUCCUUCCAAUAUCCUGAUGUAAGGAUGAUGGUGGGCCGCGUGUCCUAAACAACAUCGCGAUUAGAAUGGACCCAUGUUAUCAUGACCCUAUACGUGUGGCAAUGGCAUUACAAAGUGUGAGCAUCUCAUGUAACAAAUCUCCACUCAACAAGAUGCAUUUCCACAAUAAUGCAGAUUGCGGGAUGUAAUUUGAUCAUCACUUGUUACAUGUCAAAUUUAUACAAAUGUACACGAUAUGGUCGCCAUGCAUGCUUACUGACACUUCAAACCUAGCGCCCUUCGAUCCCGAUCCUGACGCGACCGGUUCGCAAGAACCGCACGCGGCGUGGACGCGAUUCUAUCAAUCGAAAUCUGGGAGGAAUCAUUUUCGCCAUCCUUGACUUUCAAGUUAUUGUGUCGCCAUUCUAUUAUGACAAAUACCCUUGGCCCAUAUACCCAUAGCUUCGUUUUAGAAGUGACUUCACCAUCUUCAUGUUCCCUGUCAGUAGUCCGUCUCUCGUCCAUGGGGGUAAUCUGAUUGGAGCGCUGUGGAGCGAGGGUCCUUUAGACUCAAAACGAAAUGUAAUACACUGGGUAAUCUAGAAUUUUUCACGCGGUGCAUUAGGAUCUUGUCGUUUCGAUCGUGAUUGAAGGAACGUUAGUUUUGAAUAUCAGAGAACAUGUGUAAACAUUUUUCAAUGAAUGCCAUUUACAUGUGUAUGUUUCUUGUUUUACGACGCACUCAGCAAUAUUGUAUGUACAGUUUCACCUACUCACCAAAUUGUAAUAUACACAUUGUCAAUGAAUUGAAUGAAUGGGUGUAUACAAGUUCAAUGUCGCGUCGGCACUAUUCGUUCCCAUUGGGACAAAUUGUGUUAACAAUGCCUACGUGUGCACGUAUUUAUUUUUAACAAAAACAUCUUCAGAAUCACAAUAAAAUUUUAUUGAUUUCGGAAAAA